GGGAGGGCGCGGGGGGCGCGGAGCACGGGUCUGCGGCGCUGCAGCCUCCCGAGGGCCAGCCUCGCCGAGCCCGGGGCUGGGUCUGAGCGGUGGCGAGGCGGCAGCCCCGCGCACACCAAAGAGGAGGCGGCUGUGGCGGCAGCGGCGGCCCCAGCCAUGCUGUGCUAUGUGACGAGGCCGGACGCGGUGCUGAUGGAGGUGGAGGUGGAGGCGAAAGCCAACGGCGAGGACUGCCUCAACCAGCUCGUGUUUCCUAAGGAGUAAAGAAGAAUGGUUCCAAACAGUGCAUAUGGGUAUGACAGACAGCAAAUUUGAUCUCCAGUGGGACGCCAUGCCCUGAAAACCCCCCAGACCUGAGAUGUUUGGAAAACCUCUUUUAACAAGCUUCGCUGACACUUGUGGCGUGUUUCCUCGGCGUGUUUGUUUUUUUGGAGUCCAGAUGGUUAAAAUUGUCCAGAUAAUCUGCCAGAUCAGCUGUGCAGAUUGUGCUGGUGGAGGGAAUUCCCGUGAUGGGAAUAAGAGGGAAAAUACCCCGCAGAUUCCUUUCCUCAGCCUUCCUGGAAGGCUGGUUUUAAGGACUCCUUUUUCUCUAGUGCAAUCGACCAUCUCCUCGGUGUUAACGGAAGCACAAGCCUCACUAUUGGUGUAGGAACACUGGAAGCUUAGAACUUUGUUGUUACAGCUUUAAGGCAGGAAUUGUAACACCUUCCUUGAACUUUGCAAAAAGUAGGCAGGGAUCUUAGACCCAGAUGGAGUCCUUGAGUUUUGCUUUGACUACAUGGACUGUUUGCUCAUCCAUGCUGCAUUCAUUUUUGUUUUAGGUGUGCAGGCGGUUGGGAAUUAUAGAAGUUGAUUAUUUUGGACUGCAGUUUACGGGUAGCAAAGGUGAAAGUUUAUGGCUAAAUCUGAGAAAUCGGAUCUCCCAGCAGAUGGAUGGGCUAGCCCCUUACCGGCUCAAACUGAGAGUCAAGUUCUUCGUGGAACCUCAUCUCAUCUUACAGGAGCAGACUAGGCAUAUCUUUUUCUUGCAUAUCAAGGAGACCCUCCUGGCCGGCCACCUCCAGUGUUCCCCGGAGCAGGCAGUGGAACUCAGCGCCCUCCUGGCCCAAACCAAGUUCGGAGACUAUAAUCAGAACACUGCCAAGUACAGCUAUGAGGAGCUCUGUGCAAAGGAACUCUCCAGUGCCACCUUGAACAGCAUUGUGGCAAAGCAUAAGGAGCUGGAGGGGACCAGCCAGGCUUCUGCCGAAUACCAGGUGUUACAAAUCGUGUCCACGAUGGAAAACUAUGGCAUAGAGUGGCAUUCCGUGAGGGACAGUGAAGGGCAGAAACUCCUCAUCGGGGUUGGACCUGAAGGAAUCUCCAUUUGCAAAGACGACUUUUGCCCAAUUAAUAGGAUUGCUUACCCGGUGGUCCAGAUGGCCACCCAGUCGGGGAAGAACGUGUACUUGACCGUCACCAAGGAGUCGGGAAACAGCGUCGUGCUCUUGUUCAAGAUGAUCAGCACCAGGGCCGCCAGCGGGCUCUACCGAGCGAUAACGGAGACGCACGCUUUCUACAGGUGCGACACGGUGACCAGCGCCGUCAUGAUGCAGUACAGCCGAGACCUGAAGGGCCACUUGGCGUCUCUGUUUCUGAAUGAGAAUAUCAACCUCGGCAAGAAGUACGUCUUCGAUAUCAAAAGAACGUCUAAGGAGGUGUACGACCACGCCAGGAGAGCCCUGUACAACGCCGGCGUCGUGGACCUCGUUUCGAGGAGCGACCCCAGCCCUCCGAACUCCCCGCUCAAGUCCUCGGACAGCGGCCUGAGCUGUGCCAGCUGUGAGGGCCUCAGCUGCCAGCAGACCAGGGCGCUCCAGGAGAAGCUGCGGAAGCUGAAGGAGGCCAUGCUGUGCAUGGUGUGCUGCGAGGAGGAGAUCAACUCCGCCUUCUGCCCCUGCGGCCACACUGUGUGCUGUGAGGGCUGCGCCGCCCAGCUGCAGUCCUGUCCGGUCUGCAGGUCGCGGGUGGAACACGUGCAACACGUCUACCUACCGACCCACACCAGUCUCCUCAACCUCACCGUGAUCUGACGUGUCGUGCACUUAACUGGACAAGCCACGUUUCCGUGAGCUGCACUAUUACUUAAACUAAAAAACGAUCGUGGAGAAAAUAAGUACUCUGACACCCAUCUGCCAUGCAGUGUUUAAAAAAGAAAAAAAAAAAAAAAAAGGAAGACUCAAAAGAAUAUUCCUCCCCAUCAAAACAAACCAUGCGUAGAAUCUGCACCUGCAAUGGUGGGGACCAGGAAGGGUUCUGGGACACAGACAUGUUCCUUGGGCUCAUUCUUCUUAUGAUCAAGUAAAGGAAUAAGUCAAAUCUUUGAUGUCAGUUAAGUGGCAGCAUAGCCAAAAAGUUGGGUACCCUUUAGGAAAGGAUAUUGUUAAGUCUCCUUAAUGUAUCCCAAGGUAAGUUUCCUACUUGCAGCAAAUUUUGUAAGAAUUCGUUUUAAGAAUUUACUUGGUUCUUUUUGUACGGUCAUGGAGCUCUGAACAUUUUAAUAGGAAAUUUUUCUUAAGGAAACCGUCAUUUUAAUGUCAUUUCUGUUUUUAUAACUUGGUCGAGAAUGAUUGGAAGGCAAACAGGCGCAAAGAUCAAUUCUGCGACUUGUAAAAGGUUGCUCACCAGGUUGCCCGAUGUAAACCGGUCUGGCUGGUGGAAAACCGGUCACUCAGUGUGCACGGCUUCCUCUUCCCUCCCCGUCUCCUCACCCCCACGUCUUGCGAUUUAUAAGACGCUACCGGUCUGGUAAGAUUUCUGUGGAGCAGUCCUCACUCCUUGGGCUCUUGAGUUGGUGGAGUAGAUUAUUUAAGUUGAAGAGGGAACCCACGUUCCUCGGAAAGCCAAGUGUUGCUCGCGGAGAUGAAGCUUCCCCGUGUACAAACCGGGGGUUCUCCACUUCUCCCCAAAACUCCAGCUUCAUCCGGUGGGGUCGCUUUUGCUUGAGCCAUCGAGCCUUUACAGCCUUAUCAUAGGUAUCUUAGAGAUUGUAUGCUUUUUGUUUUUGUUUUUUUUUUUUUGUAAGUGCUUACGUAUUAACGUUCAGUUGUCCCCUCCCUACGUCUCAGAGGGGUUUGGAGCUUCUUUGUUUCUUUGUUCUUAAUCAAGUUAUCCACUCCCACUUGGGCAUUUUGGACGCUGGUCAGCUUGUGGGUUUUCUAGGACGUCGGCACACCUAGAUGACCUUAUUGGGUGCAAUACUAGCUAAGUUAAAGCUAGGAACCUACACUGUCACUUUACUGAGAUUUCCGAGUAUACUUUUCAUAUUGCCUUAAUGUAGCAGUAAUGUGUUUAUGCAUUUGUUUCUUUGCACAGACAUUUUGUCAAAUAUUAAAACUCUACUUUUUUAUGGCACAUAUUAGCAUAUAAGCCUUUAUUCCAAGAGGUAUUUAUUUUUUCACUUGUAAAAAAAAAUAAUGUUUCCACAUAAAGAACUCUGUUAUAUCCUCAAGGACUUCUGUCUUUUGUAUUCAGGAUAAUAAAGACUUUAAAGCAAA